UAGCCUUUUCCCCCUUCCUGUGCGUGGGACCAACUGUUUUCACUCCCCCUUUUUUUUCGGUGUCUGACAGCGUUGCAGACGCUAUCAUGGGAGGCAAGAACAAGCAGCGAACUAAGGGCAACGUACGGCCUUCUAGCAGUGGAAGAACAGCUGAACUUCUAGCCAAAGAGCAAGGAACUGUUCCUGGAUUUGUUGGCUUUGGCACCUCUUCAAGUGACCUGGGAUAUGUCCCUGCAAUUCAAGGAGCUGAAGAAAUAGAUAGCCUUAUAGAUGCUGAUUUUCGAAUGGUGCUAAGAAAACUUUCCAAAAAAGAUGUCAUAACCAAGUUAAAAGCUAUGCAAGAAUUUGGGGUAAUGUGCAAAGAAAGAGAGACAGAGAUUGUUAAAGGAGUUCUACCUUACUGGCCUAGAAUUUAUUGUAAAAUUUCUCUUGAUCAUGAUCGCCGAGUCCGGGAAGCAACGCAGCAAGCUUUUGAGCAGCUUAUUUUGAAAGUCAGAAAACAUUUAGCUCCUCAUUUAAAAAGCAUUAUGGGAUAUUGGCUAAUAGCUCAGUGUGAUAUUUAUUCUCCAGCAGCAUCAGCAGCACAAGAGGCAUUUGAAAAGGCCUUUCCACCAAGCAAACAAUCUGAAGCCUUAGUGUUUUGUAAAGAUGAAAUUUUAAAUGUGCUACAAGAUAAUCUUUUGAAAGAAACUCCUGAUACACUAAGUGAUCCACAAGCAGUGCCAGAAGAAGAAAGAGAAGCCAAAUUUCAUCGAAUUAUAACCUGUUCUUUGCUAUCUUUAAAGAAAUUGCUUUGUAUGAUGCCCAGUACUGAGAUUAAGUCAUUAGAAGAGAGGCUUAAGACACUAUUCUCUCAAAACAAAUUUUGGAAAUAUGGGAAACAUAACAUAGCACAGAUUCGUUCUGCCUUUUUUGAGAUGGUUUCUACUUUUUGCAAGCACAUUCCUGAGUCCAUGAAUGCAGAAGCAUCGAGAGUUUGUCCAGCUGUUCUUCUUAGCAUUGAUGACAGUGAUGCUGUUGUAUGCCUUGCUCUUUGGGAAGCUGCACUUCAUGUCCUUACUACUGUUGAGGAUUGUUGGAAUCACGUGAAUGCAAAAAAAGGAGUUCUACCAAAAUUGUGGACGGUGCUUCAAGAAGGAGGAAGGGGUCUUGCUACAGUUAUAUAUCCUAAUAUCUUGCCACUUAUUAGCAAGGUGCCUCAUAAUGUUGCAGAUCCAAAGUUGGACUUUUUAACAACAUUCUUCACCUCCAUAGUUAAAGGGCUAUUCACUGAAAGAGCUAUGGUUUGUCGCUCAGAAUCUUCAGCAAUCAUUUCAGCUUUUAUGGAGUGUUUGCAAUUUACUGUCCUACAGAACAUAGGUGAAGAAGAAGAACAAGUUAAAAUACAAGAAAUGCUUGUAAACGUCCAGUUAAUUCCUCUCAUCAAUACAGUAAUUAAAGAGCCCAAGUUACAAAAUGGACCUUUGUUUUAUGAAGUAGCAGACAUGCUGAAUGUUUGGAAAACAAAAGCAGAAAUAACUAAUGAUGAUAGAACAUCCCUCACUUUUCAGAGAAUGUUAUCUAACUUUUGGGAUGGCCUUUCAAAUAUAUGUGUGGAACAUGUUGCUGUAAUGGAUGCAGAUGAGAAAUCGUUGGCUGCUGUGUCUUCUUUGUUACAAAUUCUUCAGAACCCAGAAAACAAGAUGAGAAGAAAUAGAAAAAAACCCGUAAAUAUAAGAUUUGCAGAAGACAGAAAAGCUGAAAUUAACACCGAACAUGAGAAUUUCAUUGACAUGAGAACUAGCAAUGAAUCCAGUAAUAUUAUUCAUGAAAUUCACGGGAAACACACUUGUCUUCCUCAGAUUGAACCUUUAGAAGAUUUAGUUUGUAAACUUGCAGAACUAAGUAUAGUGUACACCAGUCAACAAACGUCUGACCAACACUUAAAGUUCCUCUCUGCUCUACUCAGCAACUUUGCUUCUAGUAAAGUUUUCCAAGUGCUUGUAGAAGAAAGAGACUAUAUUCAGUAUGAAAAUCCAUCCAUUCAGUUUCUGUAUGAAAAGUUAAUUGAUUGGCUAAAAGAAGAUUGGAGAAAAGAGACUGACUUCUUGGUUGAUAUUUUAUAUAGCAUUCUCCAUUGCUGCAGCAAUACCAUAGAGAGGGAAAAUAUUCUCAAUGAUUUAACAAAGAUGGAUCUAAAAUGGAAUAUUCUUCUUCAAAUAAUCCAAAAGGCCUGUUCAAACUCUGAGAAACAUUCCUUAAGUUCUACGUGGCUAAAAGGAGAUGUGUUAGGUGAGAAGCUUGUGUCCCUGGCCAAUGAUCUGUGUAACAUCAGCUUGAAGAUGACAAUAGCUUCAGCCGAAUCAUUUCAUUCAGAACAAUGGACUCUCCUAAGCUUGGUAUUAUCUCAGUUGAUUAAAAAUGAGUCCUUAAUUGGAGAAGUUUAUGUUAAAAGAAUAAUUGACAAACUUCAAGCAGCUCUGUCAAAAGCUAAGGAUCUUUCCGAAGCUGGAAAUACAGAACCAUCAGUGUCUUUCAUCUGUGACAUAGCCUCUAGUUUUUUCACUUCGGUUAAAGGAUGUUUAAUGAUGCCAUCCUCUGAAGAUUUGUUAUUCACUAUUUUCCAGUUAUGUGCACAGAGCCAGGAUGUAACACGUUUAUCAGAUUUCCUUGUAAAUAAAUUGAAACAUACUUGGUUGUGUGGCAUAACUUCACUUGUGCAUCAGCUUAGCAUUCUGCAUAAGGAGAGCAGCUUCCUGCAAAAAUCUGCAUUCUGGGUCAAGAACCAGCUUCAGACAUCAGUGUUGGAUGUAAAAAGUUUGCAGGUUUUGAUCUCUGUGGUCAAUGACUUGUUGACUACAUUGCUAGAAGCUGAAGAUGUUUCUGCUUGUGUUCUGAAAGAUUAUAUUGAAUGGCUUACUCCAAGCCAGACUGAAUGGGAAAAGAUGCGGGAGUCUCUAUCCAGUGAGUGGUUGAGGAAACCACUUCUGGAAGGAAGACUGAGCAUUAAUUGUGAGUUACCUGGAACAGAUCAUAAGUUUUGUAUCCCAGCUAAACUUCCAAGUCAUCUUUGUACUGCAGCUCUGCUGAGUAGAAUGGCAUUAUUGAUACUGGAAAAGGAGGUUGUGUUUGAAAAUCCUGAAUUAGAAAGAAGAAAAAUUGAUAAUAUCA